AUGUACAUUCACUCCUUGUGUUUAGUAAUCUCUUUGCUAAUUGAGGAAGACAUGAAAGUCAAGAUCUUGCGUAUCCUUCUACUUUGUCCUUUCUGCAUAUCAUGCAUCCAAAAGUUCAUGUCAAUGAUGGUCUUGCAGUACAUAGGUUCUUUGAUAACUGUGUUUUUUCCUUUGACUCUCAGUGCUAUAAUGUCUCCUAACUUCGAAAAACAGAGUGGCAUGCGGUUGCGUCAUGGACAUGGGAUGCUCAAGAUGAGACAUGUGGAAUAUGUCGUAUGCCAUUUGACGGUUGUUGUCCAGACUGCAAACUCCCUGGAGAUGAUUGCCCUCUAA